CAUCACAUUCUCCACCACUUCCCAUUACUCCUUGAUUAUGCAUAUUUAAUUGUCCCCUUGUUGUCAGUACUCACUUUAGUUCGCUGAUAAUUAAAUUAGUUUUAGUUGGUAUUGCUAAUUUCCUCCUCCUCCCACCUUCACCAGUCAACUCUUUUCAACGAGGGAGGACACACAAUGUACAAAUUCCGAAGAGAAUUCGAAGAUUUAAGUAGAUGUGUAAUUAUUAUUUUUUGUACUCUGUAAUUGUGAAACACACCCGAGUGCGAACAGUGAGUAAAAGAUGAAGGCCGUAAUAUUAUUGGUUAGGAUUUUUUUUAUAAUCAUCGAAUAAUUAUAAUACUUUCAACUCAAUUCAACUAAUUUUAAUGUACCGUAUUUGUAUAGUCGUGCGCUGUUGAAGGGGGUGGAAAAUGGCAUUCAGAUUUAUUACGAACAGAUUAUUAGAUUAAAGAAUCAUCAAAUAGUAUUUGCGUCCAGUAUUCACUUUUAAAUCUCACAAUUAAUUAGUGCCGUAUUGGUGCCAUCAGCCAUGGUAUUCUACAAACAUUCAAUUCCUUGCCGUCCAGUAAAUACUGCAGUUUGAUAAUCAUUAUACAUUAGGGUUAACAUAUAUAAUGAAAUUAUAUUUAAAUACGUACGUAACAUUAACACAAGCCAAAUACUAGACAAUCAUUAAGCUAUAGACUAUAUAGAUACGAAUAGAGGGGUUUUUUAAAGUAAUUAUGUUAUCAAAAAAGAAUAAAGAGUCAAGAAUCCUUGCUGAUGGGGUGGUCGGAAAGUACGUCAAAAAAGAAACUCCCACUGUUGUGCCAAUAAUCAAUGUGUGGACUCCAGAGAAAUUGAAUUCUAAACGAGCAGCAAGGAAGAAUCAACAAGGUCAAAAUACCCUUGGUUCAAAAAUACCCCCUCCAAUAGUAGUAGAACCAUUUCCUAAUGACGCCCAGAAAAUGCAGCUGCGAAUACAUCAAGAACAACUUCAAAGGCAGCAAUUUACUCAACAACAAUUUCUCCAACAGAGACAACAACAAAUGCAAGCUCAGCACUUGUACUUCAAUAACGGGUUCCAUCCUCCAAGGCUUCCAAGUCCUCACCCACAUCCUGGAGGGGAAAGAUUCAGCCCAAUGUCUUUACAACAUCAUAACAAUCUUUCGAAUCCUCUCUUAAACUGUUAUGCGGGUUCCGAUGCUUCUCUCGAUAGUAUUCCUGGGUCAUCUAUUUCUGGUCCUGCCAGGUUAAUGAUUCACGGAGGAGGUUAUCUUUCAAACUCAUACGUGAAUUUAAGUGAGUUGGAGGUUGGAAGGAACAGAAUUAUGAUCAGUCAGAGUAAAAGUCGAAGUUGCGAAGAUAUUGAAGUUCCUCUACCGGCUGGAUGGUCUGUAGACGAGACGGUACGUGGUCGUCGCUAUUACAUAGACCACAACACACAGACUACCCACUGGUCACACCCACUAGCAAAAGAAGGUCUCCCAACUGGUUGGGAGAGAGUAGAAUCUUCUGAUUAUGGCGUAUACUACGUCAAUCACAUUACCCGACAAGCUCAGUAUGAACAUCCAUGUGCUCCUGUCUUUUACGCUGUGAGACGGAUUCCUAGUCCAGCAUAUCUUCCAAGAUUUCCUCCUUCAAGCGCCAUGUCAAGUCGAGAAUCUCUUGCAGAGCUACAGAGGAAGGGUCUUCGGAGGGAUGACCAACAAUCACAACCUCUUCACACUGACUUUAAGACGCCUUCAGUUCUGGUUCCUGGUUCACCCUAUAAUAUACAAGAUAUCCCAGAGUGGUUGCAAGUAUAUUCCCAAGCGCCGGCAGAAUUAGAUUGCAAACUACGGUGGGAACUAUUCAGACCCCCCGAAUUGGAUUGUUUCGAUGCAAUGCUAAAACGUUUGUUUCGACACGAGCUAGAACGAGUGGUUAUGAGUUAUGAAGUCUUACGGUUUGCAAUCAUCCAUGAAAUCGAAAUGAGAAAGAAAGGUCCUGAAAUGAUGAAACGAGUUGCUUUAGCCCAAACUUUCGAAACCAAAGUUUAACGGUAUGAUUUCUUCGCUACGACAUUUUAUAACAAAAAAGUUGACAAUAAAUUUAAAAUACUUAUUAAUUUUA